GAGGAAGGGUGGGGGGGGGGGUGAAACGUCGGUGGGUGGCGCCCGAUCCAUUAAAGCCCCGCGCAGACUGCACGUACAUCGGCACAAGUGCGUUGAAACGCAGCGAGUAUAGCAACAACAGCAGCAGCAACGUCUUUACAUUAACACAAAUUGUGUCGAUAUAUAUUUAUAUCCGUAUAUAUUUGUUUAACAACAACAACAAAAAUAUAAAAUAAUUAUAAAAUAAUUCACGGCACACACAGGCGUUUAAAAUGGCGGCAGACAAAAUCCUCGCUUUGGCCAAGUUUUGGAGGAACAUUCGUCCCAACAUUCCUGCCAAGAAGAUCCGGGACAAGGCUGUGCUGGUGACGGGAUGCGACUCCGGCUUUGGACUGUCACUCGCGCAGCACCUGCACUCGAAGGGCUUCAAAAUCUUCGCCGGAUGCCUCCUGAAGGACAAGGGAGGCGACGGCGCCAAGCAGCUGGAGGCGAUGAAGUCAGAGAGGCUGAAGGUCGUGCAGAUGAACGUGGCGAGUGACGACGAGGUCGCGAAGGCCGUCGAAUUCAUCAGGAGCAGCCUACCCGACCCUGAAGACGGCCUGUGGGGCGUGGUGAACAACGCGGGGAUCUCGACGUUUGGAGAGAUCGAGUGGACUCCCAUGGAUACCUACAAGAACGUGGCGGAGGUGAACCUGUGGGGCAUCGUGCGCACCACCAAGGCGUGCCUGCCGCUCAUCCGGCGAGCUCGCGGGCGGGUGGUGAACAUCUCGAGCAUGAUGGGCCGCAUGGGCAACACGGCGCGCUCCCCGUACUGCAUCACCAAGUUCGGCAUCGAGGCGUUCUCCGACUGCCUGCGCUACGAGAUGAUGCGCUGGGGCGUCAAGGUGUCCGUCGUCGAGCCGGGCAACUUCAUCGCGGCGACGGCGCUGUACGGCGAGGACCGCGUCAAGGAGAUCGCCGACGGCAUGUGGGCCAAGAUGUCGCCGCAAGUGCAGAGCGAUUACACGCGCGAGUACUUCGACCGGCAGGUCACCAUCAUGCUGUCGUACACCGGCGGCGGAUCGACGGACGUCUCUCCCGUGAUCGAGGACAUCCAGGAUGCGCUCACGUCCUACUUCCCGCUCACGCGCUACACCCCGAUGGACGCCUACUGGUGGACCCGCGUGCAGGCCAUCACACACCUGCCCGCCGGCAUCUCCGACCGAAUUUACUUCUCGAAGAAGUAGCUUCCUCUCUGACCCUGCCGUUCGCUUGGGGUUCCCACUCGGCCCAAGAGGGGCGUCCUCCGGCUGAACGACAGGACGUGCUGGGAUAGCGGGAGUGUAUUUUAAAAGUUUGUCUUUCCCCCCCCCAAGUUCCGUCCUGAUUGUGUGAUAUCGGUUUCCCAAGAUGAAACUGAACAAAGGUGCACUCUGCCUGAGGUUGUCAUUUUUAUGCCACAGAAGCCUGUUACGAAAAAAUAUAUAUAUACUCAUAUCUGCCCACUUUUAGAAACAUACCUGGACAGUACCUGGUACAUUAACUCAUUAAAAAGUCUCCAGCACUUGUUACAUAUUACACGUGUAUUUAUAACUUCAAAAUGUAUGGCCUCAUGUUAGCGUUCUGCCUGUAGACUACGGUAUCAUAUGAUCUGCAGAAUACCCGUAGGCUGCGGGAUCUUGUGAUCUGUAGAAGCCCCGUAGGCCGCGGGAUCGUAGGAUCUGCAGAACAGUACCACCCAUUGGCCUCCAACCAGUCUCGCACCGCCACUCGGCACCCUCAUGUCGUUCACAGCCAUGGCGAUGACUAUAGCUUUGUGUGUGUUUUUCCCAACUUCUCCUGCUGUGGUGUCACUGUAACCCUUAUAACAGUGUUUACAUACCAUAUGUCGAGAUAAUACCUGCAUUUUGUAUGGUGUAGUCCAUGUUAAUUGCAUCCCAUAACGCUGUACAUUCAUUAUAUAUAAGGACCAAGUCCUAAAUACAGCCACUACCAAGCAAAUGAAAACCCUACUACUUAGCAAAAUAAAAAUUAAAGAAAUGGCACCAAAGCCAAAGGCACGAACCAAUUGUACGUAUGUGCUCUCGUCCGCCUUCAAAGGUCUUCCCCCGUUGUAGGAGUUUUCUGCAUCCGUCCUUUCUGAAUGUCUUUGAGGUCAUGACCUGAUAAGAGGAACAGCCCCCGUUAAGAUAUGGGGGAGGGGGGAAUGUUGCGUAGUGUAAAUAACCUGGGCGUUGGAUCUACUGCACGGCUAUUCGCGUUUGUGCUUUACAGCCCUCGCAGCCGGUUCGCUUCCCAGAGACUUUCUCCCGGCGUGCGGAGCGACGCGUUGGGGACGUCAUGCCGAACGGCAAACACGGCACAACCCGGAAAAAAAAUCGGGAGUUGUGACUGCCCGCAAGUAUUUGGUGUUUUGUAAAAAGGCGUUUGCAGUCGUGCCGGGUCUUGGUGUUCGCCACUUCCGAUGUAUGCGCCGGUCGUGCAUGCGCAAGCAAACGGCCGUGGAUAUUAAAUUUAAAAAAGGGAUCGCGGUUUUAAAUGUGAAGCUCGCGAAGAAGCCAUCUUUUCCGGGUUGCAACGUUACCGUUUGUUAUUUUGCCCCACUCCGCGCUGGCGAAGCUUUCUCGCGGUGUUACACUCAAAAGCGGAGGAUGACAAGGUAAUAGAAGCCCUCCCCACGCCUCCCCCCCCCGUGAAACGUAUCAACAUCUCAUGCCGUGCAAAAUUAGCACUUGAGAAUAGUCGAGGAAGCUCGGCUAAAUUCGAAGGUCGGAUAACGUUUGGACCACAUGAUUGUCGGCAACCCACUUCAUUGAAUUGCCAUGAAACUGCGAAAUGUUUCGUUGACAAUGGCGAGUGUUCUCAUCUUUGUGAAAACGUCCCCGUUUGGUUAUUUCCCCGCUUCCAUGCACAAUUAUACUAUGAAGAAGUAUUGCUCCGUGGUGAGGCUCGUAACUUCUCUGCCGUACGGCAGAAGAGCGUGCAAAUUAUUUGAGUGCCGUCGCACAAUCCCAGCCGGGUGCGCCAGACUAUUCCGAAUUAAGCCACUAACGUGUGAAACACUGGCCAGAUGGCUGUUGAAGCAAAAUGAAGGUUUUAAUGUUUAUAAGGAUCCGUUAAAGGGCCAAAAUGUGGAUUAAGGGACCCUUCGUUUUUUAUUGAGAACCUUGUGUUAUCGAUGCCGUGAGCAUGUGUUCAGCAAUGAACAGUUACCUACUGCUUGACUUGAAAUGUUAAACCCCCUGCAAAUCUUUACCUGUUUAAUAUGCUCACUUGAAGAAUAAUUUCAACGUCAAGACACUAAAGAUAGAAAAAAAAAACUGGAAUUCUCCGCUGUAUGCACAUUUUUAUUUCGAACUUGUUUUCACAUGUCUCGCUGAAAUCCCCCCCCCCCCCCACUUCUUUACGAAUUGGUUUAAUAUUAUAUUCCAUUGCACGCUUUUUUUUCUUUCGCUGUUACGUUGUACGUCUGAGAGCAGGGAGCGUGAAGUUACAUUCAGAUUUUUGGGCCGAAUGAACCCCUUAACGAUGCGGCAGCUUCGUCCGUCAUCGUUGCAUCACCGCGUCCCGCCUUGCAACCUGUAAAUGCUGCAGCCCGAAGCGACUAAAGCGCAAACGCGUUUGUGAAACCACAGAGGGACGUGGCGAGUACCGACAGUGCUAAACACAAAAGGUGACCUGGUGUAAAAAAAAUAAAAUAACAAUUGAGAGGUA